AUUAGUAAUUUGAUUCAUAAUUUUCACGUUUCUUACUUAUUUUGCAAACCAAAAACCAGCCGGCCGCCAUUGAAGCUCCUUUGCUAUAGUUGAGAAGAUGAGCAAGAAAGGUCCUCCCAAGCAUCAAAACAAGUUCGCCUGGAAUCCCACUGGCAGCCGCAAAAUCAAUGAAACGGAACCAGGUGGAAGAUUUAGGCCUUUUCCAGAGAUUACAGGGGUUUGCCUUCGUUGUAAAAAUCAAAUUGAAUGGAAGCGCAAAUAUGGCAAAUAUAAACCCUUAGUUGAGCCUGCUAAAUGUCAGAAGUGUUCUAAGAGGGCUGUUCGUCAAGCUUGCCUUAACCUAUGUCCUGGAUGUGCUAAAGAACAGGGUGUAUGUGCUAAGUGUUGUAGUCGUGUGGAUCAGAUUGUUGGAAGGAACCCGGCUGAAGUAGAAGCUGAGCAGAAAAUGCUAGAGGAGGCUAUAAAAAAUGCUCGGGAGAGGGAAAGGAGGACGCUAUUGCGUGCAAUGAACAAAGACAAAGCUAAACCUAAAGGAGAACAAGCCAACACCCCUACCAUUCAAGAGGGGAAGGUUGAAGGAUUAUUUUCUGCUGUAUCUCUGGAGGAAUAUGCCGAAUUGAGCAGAGAUAAUGAAGACGACGAUGAUGAUGAAGGUGAUGAAGAUAAUGUCAAGGUCUGCAACUAAGUUCUUGACCAGUGUAAUUUCGGUAUCAAUUUCUGAGUGGUUAUAUACUAGUUAAAAAUUUUGACAAUGUCACUGAUAUUGAUAAAUUAGAGUUUAUUACCUUGAUUUGUCUUUCUUUUGUGUAAGAAGUAUGAGCUAAAUGGGCACACAACAGAGUGCGUACACUGACUCACUGAGGCCGGAUUUUCUACCUGGAAAUGUGGAUGCUUUGAUAGUAUCAUCAUGUUCAUGAUAGUAUCAUCAAGUUGGUUAGAUGGUAUAAUUGAUGUUAUUAGUAAUGGAAGAAAUACUUAAUCUUGUAGAAAUAAUAAUUUCAUAUCAGUGAUCUCUAACACGUAGUACUUGUUGUUAUAAUUGAUUAUCAUAGGUUUCAUUGUCA